AUGGCGGUUCGCAGAGCGGGUUUGUUCACCCGUUUGAUACUGUGUGCCCAUAGAAGAAGUCGAGUCCAGCGCCCGGUCCUCAGGCUUCUCAGUUGCCCAGGAACUGUGGCCGAAGGCCUCAGGAGAGACGAGCCGCUUUCGGGGAGCGCGGAGACAGGUGAUGGCGCCGUGGCCUCGGUUUACUCUGUUGCCCCGUCCCACAGCGGGCCAGGCUCUGAAGAAAAGACUCCCGAAAAGAAAUUCUUCGAGGUGCAAAAUGAAAGACGCGACCAGGCCCAGCGGACUGUUUUAAUACAUUGUCCAAAUAAAAUCAGUGAAAAAAAGUUUCUUAAGUAUUUAUCCCAGUAUGGACCUAUUAAUAAUCAUUUCUUCUAUGAGAGCUUUGGUCUCUAUGCUGUGGUAGAAUUUUGCCAGAAGGAAAGUAUAAGUUCCCUGCAGAAUGGAACUCAUACGCCAAGCGCGGGCAUGGAAGCUGCAAUUCCAUUCAGAUCACGUUUCUUCAACUUAAAGUUUAAGAAUCCAUCACACCAGGCUUCUGAACCAGCAGCCAUACAGUUUAGUAAUCAGUUACCUCCUUCAAGCCGGAAGCUCUUUGACUUACUGUGUUGUGCAAAAAGUGUAGAUGAUCAACUGAACACCCUCCUGAAGGAAUUCGAAGUAACAGAGGAGAACACUAAGCUCCGAUAUCUCACCUGCUCUCUCAUUGAGGACAUAGCAGCUGCGUAUUUUCCAGACUGUACAGUCAGACCCUUCGGCUCUUCAGUGAACACUUUUGGGAAAUUAGGAUGUGAUUUGGACAUGUUUUUGGACCUGGGUGAAACCGGAAAACCCAGCACUGACAAGACCUUAGGAAAUUUUCUGAUGGAAUUUCAAAUGAAAAGUGUUCCUUCAGAAAGAAUUGCAACUCAGAAGAUCCUGUCUGUGAUAGGAGAAUGCCUUGACCACUUUGGCCCUGGUUGUGUGGGUGUACAAAAAAUAUUAAAUGCUCGGUGUCCACUCGUGAGGUUCUCACACCAGCCCUCUGGAUUUCAGUGUGAUUUGACAACUAACAAUAGGAUUGCCUUGAAAAGUUCUGAACUCCUUUAUAUAUAUGGCUCCCUGGACUCAAGAGUAAGAGCCUUAGUGUUUAGUAUACGAUCCUGGGCCCGAGCACAUUCCUUAACGAGCAGUAUUCCUGGUGCAUGGAUUACAAAUUUCUCCCUUACAAUGAUGGUCAUCUUUUUUCUCCAGAGAAGAUCGCCUCCUAUUCUUCCAACACUAGAUUUGCUAAAAACCCUAGCAGAUGCUGAAGAUAAAUGUAUGAUAGAAGGCAACAACUGUACAUUUGUUCGUGACUUGAACAGAAUUCAUCCUUCAGGAAACACAGAAACACUAGAAUUACUACUGAAGGAAUUUUUUGAAUACUUUGGCAAUUUUGCUUUCAAUAAGUAUUCCCUAAAUAUUCGACAGGGAAAAGAACAGAACAAACCUGAUUCUUCUCCUCUGUACAUCCAGAAUCCUUUUGAAACUUCUCUCAACAUAAGCAAAAAUGUGAGUCAAAGCCAGCUGCAAAAAUUUGUAGAUUUGGCCAGAGAAAGUGCCUGGAUUUUACAACAGGAAGAUCAGGGUCCACAGUCUCCAUCAAAUCAUCAGCCCUGGGGACUCGCCGCCCUGCUGCUGCCCUCUAGAGUAAGCACUAAGUCUCUUGCCAAGAAAAAAAGUAAAAAGGCUGCAAGCGAAAGAGUUAAAAACUUGUUAGAAUCCAUAAAAAAAAACAGAACAGAAAAUCUCACAAGUACCUGAGGGACUUCAUAAAACUCAGACAAUUAGUACUCAGACAAAAUGGCUGAUACUUUGGAUUAAAGACUGGUUUAAUCCUGCAAAAUGGUGUGUGGAUUACCUGAAGAACUGGUUUGAAAUUUACAGGUCUCAACUUUCCUCUGAUGUCACUUUUCACGAAACAUCAGCCACUGGGUAUGGUGCCCUGUCCCUGUAAUCCCAGCUACUCAAGAGGCUGAGGUGGGAAGAUCCCUUGGACCUUGCCUUGGCAACAUAACGAGUCCCUGUCUCAAAAAUAGUAAAAAUAAGAAGUAAGUAAAAAAAAUAAAAUAAGCCACAGGUGAUCAGUGAAAGAAGAUUGUAAUGUGUUUAACUAAAUAAAUCAUACAAAGCAAAUGGUAAGAAUCAGUUUUAAAUUCAAACCAUUGGUGAGGUCCGAAGCAGUCCCUUGUUGGAAACCAUUUACAAAGGACUUCUAGGUAAUGUUCAGUAUGUAGGCAAUCAAUACAAUAAAGCUUCAACAUUUGGUAAUACCCUUUAAUAUGUAUUUUUGUAUUUUUCAAGCAAAGUACUCUUAUUUACAUAAAUGUAUAUCAAUUAAAACAGCCUGGUACCAAUAUCCAAAAACGUUUGUUUUUAAAAAUAUGAAUGCAGGUAUUUCAGUCACUACAGUCUCAGGGGUCCUCAAUCUUUUUAAACAGGGGGCCAGUUCACUGUCCCUCAGAAGGGACCAUUGAAGGGCUGGACUGCAAGCCUGGGAUGAGUUGGCUGCUAAGCAGGACAGGCAGCAGCGGCAAAAA